CAAUCUCUUUUUCCAAUUUAAGCCACGUAAAGAUGUUUUCGGAGCUUCUUCACAGAUUUUCUCUUCAGAAUUUCCACAGUACUACUGAUUUGUUCCUCCGCUCUCUGUCGAUCGCGAAGCCCGAAAUCGCCGAGGGUAGUGAGGUGCCGAUGAGACGGCGAUACCCUCUCUCGUAAUCGAAGUGGGUCUGGAUUUCGAGGUGUUUGGAGGUGGCAUUUUGGGGUUUUUCAAGUUAGGAUUUUGCUCGAAUAAAUGCGGCUAGUUCGGUGAUUUUGAUAAGGGAAGGCAGGGAGCACGAUUUGCAUAAGUGCCCCACAUUGUUGAGCCUUGAGCGAUGCUGCACACCCGAGGAGCUUCGAGGGACGUCUGCGGUCUACUUGCGGUUAAAUGCUGUAAAGUCUCUCAAAGAAGUGAGACUGAAGGCAUUGCUGAAAACAAGCACGGUUAUGGUUGCCCUUUUCCUGAACAAGUGUCUUCUGGGCAUCUAGAGGUUCAUAGUCUUACAAGUCCCAGCAAGGAUGAGUUCUGUAGAGCUCUUGAGUCAUAUAAACCGAGCUUCGUGUACUUUCGAGGGGAAUAUCUCGAGGAUAAUGAAGUCGGCUCUUUGGUUUUGGGAGGGGUUGAUUAUACUUAUCCUGAAGCCAUAUCCGAGCUCUUUCCCACUGCAUUACCUGUCGGUGUCUAUCUGGAAAUCCCAAAUGGAGAAGAACAUGCAAAGGCACUUCAGUCUAAGGGGGUUCCUUAUGUGAUAUACUGGAAGAAUUUCGUUCCCGCUGUUGCUGCUUCCCAUUUUUACUAUGCUUUAUGCUCAUUACUAAGGAGUUCGGCUGCCCAUAUAUGGGAUGCUUUCCAACUUGCAUAUGCAUCCUAUAGGUUGUACUGUCUUCGGAAGCUCAAUGUCUCUUCUGAGGAUGACAACUUUGGAAUUCAUCUUCUGGGGAAUGCUCCAGAAAUUGAUGUUUUUACCCCUGAGGUAGAAGUGGAGGAAGACAGAGAAGGCUCUCUAAGCACUCUCCCAACUAUUAAGAUACAUGAUGACGAAGUGAACGUAAGGUUCCUUGUCUGUGGAGGGCCAUGCACUUCGGAUGAAAUAUCAUUAGGAUCAUUGGAGGAUGGCCUCAAUGCCAUAUUAACUACCGAAAUACGUGGCAGCAAACUUAUCGGGAAGUUUAGUGUGCUCCAACCACUUAUUCAGACAGAGACAUUCUCUCGUGACGUUGUGACCAUGCGAUGUGAUGUAUCAACCAGCAGCUGUGCACAUGUCUCGUUCUUGCUAUCGGGUAAUGCACAAAUAUGCUUCGACGAUCAGCUGCUUGAGAACCACAUUAAGAAGGAGAUUAUCGAAAAGAGCCAACUGGUCCACGCCCCUACCAAUUUUAAUGAAAAUAGAGUGCCAACCUCUGAGCCUAGAUUAUCGGCUUCAGUGGCUUGUGGGGCCAAAGUCUUUGAAGUUAUCAUGAAUGUGCCAGCAUGGGCUUCACAGGUUUUGAGGCAGUUAGCCCUAGAUCCAUCUCAUCACGGCUUGGUUGCUCUGGGUAUUGCUAGCAUCCAGGGAAUGGCUGUUGCCUCCUUUGACAUGGAUGAUGCUGAGCGCCUCCUCUUCUUCUGUUCGGCCGAAACCGAGGACAGUGUCUCCCCGACUGAUUUUGGUCUCUCCCCUAGGAGCACCCCCGUUUGGUUGAGGCCUCCUGUUCCGAGCAGGAAGAGACCUGAACGGAGUCAAACGACGAGCCCUCACUUCAAUAGCGAGCAGGCAUGUUCAAAUGGGAGUCAAGAGGAUGGGGAGAAGAGCGAAGGGAGGGACUGGGCUCGACAGAGGCUGAAAGCGGCUGCUCUGAGGCCAAUUCCUCGUAUUCAUCCUCGUAAGAUACAGCUGUUCCUACGGACCUCCCAGAGAGAUGGAUUUGAUGAGGGGCAAGCAAGAGAUGGGUCGGCUGUUCCACCUGUGAGGCAGAGGGUCAUCAGGCCAGCCUCUCUGGCAUACCGGAGAUCAUCUGCCAAGUCAUUCCAGUCUAGGCAGAUGAUUUCCCUGAAUCCCUUGCCGCUAAAGAAACACGGGUGUGACCGAAGUGCAAUUCAGCAUUGUUCUGAGGAGGAGUUUUUGAAGGAUGUGAUGCAUUUUCUGACCAUUCGAGGGCAUUCCCGCCUGAUACCUCAAGGUGGGUUUGCGGAAUUUCCUGAUGCCAUACUCAACGCCAAGCGUCUCGACCUGUACAACUUGUACAAAGAGGUGGUUUCAAGAGGAGGCUUUCAUGUGGGCAACGGCAUCAACUGGAAAGGCCAAGUAUUCUCGAAGAUGUCCAACUAUACCACAACCCAUAGAAUGACUGGUGUGGGCAACACACUUAAAAGGCACUAUGAGACAUACCUUCUCGAAUAUGAACUAGCCCAUGAUGACGUUGAUGGGGAAUGUUGCUUGAUAUGCCACAGUGGUGCUGCCGGUGAUUGGGUUAACUGCGGAGCGUGUGGAGAGUGGGCCCACUUUGGAUGCGACAGAAGACAAGGUCUUGGAGCCUUUAAGGACUAUGCAAAGACGGACGGCUUAGAGUACAUUUGCCCUCAGUGCAGCAUGACUAACUCGAAGAAGAAGCAGCAGCUUCAGAGACCGACCAACGGGUUCUCUAAGGCUUACUAGGGUUAUGAAUCACUUCCCUGCUCUUUUCCACCCUAUGAGGCCGCAGAUUCUGGCAAAUGGUGAAAGAAGCAGGUCCCGCAUCUUAAACUGUCUAGCAAUCCCCGUAAAGUGGGUCAUAGUUGAGACUGACGGAUCGGAGCAAAAUAUAUAUGAGAAAUGUGUACAGGGUGCCUCCAUUUUGUUCUUAGAGAAGGGGCGAAGGAGAAAUAGAAGUUUACCAUAUUUUUAUCGUAGAAUGAAGUUUUUGUAAUCCCAGAGAACAGCUGAAUGAAGUUUUUAUUUAACAGUCUGAAAAUUAGAAUUUUAAUCAUAAUUAUUCCUUGAAACUUGGAAAUCA